AUUUUUUUUUGUAUCAAGAUACUCUUAAUGUAUACGAAAGAAAUAAAAGAUCCGAUUUAUUUUACAUCGUAUUAGAUAUUUUGAUAAUUGUUAACGACAAAUUGUUUGGCACAUAACGCUCGGUGUUCGUCUGUUUUUUGCGCUGUACGGCAAAGCGUGUAUGUAUACGCAAGGUCAUGCUAUUCGCGAAGCGAGAAGACUACUAUUAUCCUCUGAAACGUAAUCGCGACAAGUGUCAGAAGACAUGUGAUUGAGUCUUUUAAAUUAUUAAUGACCCGUCGUCCGUACUAUUAUUACUUAAUCCUUACGAUUAACGAUUCGUAAACGAGGCAACGACUAUUUGCCGAAGUGAACAUUUCAUGCAAUUGAUUCUCAGAGACGGAUACUGUCAGGAACAAAGGAGAUACGAAUGAUUACGCGAUAAUUUAUGAACAAUUCAAAUGUGUAUUACGGGUAAUCCUUUAAAUUUGAAUAUUCCUAAAUGUAUAUAUUUCUGGAUUUGUGUAUUUUUGAACGUUCCAUUAGCACGUCAUUAACUAUCCGCUAGACUUUGUUAAUCAUAUUAUAUCGGCUACGUAGUUACUGGGAUAAAGUUACCGAAGUCAUUUUUAAAAGUGUCGGUCAUUAACAGAACAGAGAGUCGAAUCGACGACAGUCGUAAUCAACUCGUCGUACGAAUCAUAAUUUUGCAUAAUCACGUUUUUUUCGCGUUGUUUUUUUCUCACUCUUUCUCGUCAAUUUAAUAAAAUGCGCGACGAAGUAAUAGGAGUGUUUUGCAAACUGCCGCGUGGUCGGAUUUAAUUUUAUUUCCCUGAUGGAAUGUUGUGUGAGUGUGACGAAUGAUUAAACGAUGUACGAAAAAGGAGGAGGAGAAGGCCAAAGAGACACCAGAAGCAAAACCAUAUCAACGUAGCUACAAUCCAGUCAUAACUACUGCUGCUGCGCAUCGUAUCGGGACAGAGAAUUUUGAAGCGGGAUACGUAAGGACCUGUAAAAUUGGCGAUAUUCUGUUAUGAAAAAAAAAGAACAAAGUUCCAGUGGCACUUUUCACAGUUCCGAAGUUUCUUAUAAAAAUAGUGAAGAUUUCUGGAUUUUUUAUUUUCCCCUUCAAAAAAAAAACAAAAAUGAAAAGAUGCACUAACUUUGUGAAUCUAGCACGACACCUCCUUCUCUAAAGUAUGAGAAAAUAAAGUACAAUAAAUAUUAGUACAUUUAACUAGAGUUCCAAUUAGUACUACUAGAGUGCUACCGAUAAUUAUAAUUUAAAAAAAACUUUACAUAAUUAACAUAUUUUUUGCAUUAAAAUAUUAAACAUACCACGACAUUUUGACAAAAAGUUCGCGCUACUUAUUUAUCGCAAUUCUAACGACAGUUUUCAUCAGUUCCAUGCUAUACAAUCAUUUUUGAAAAUAGUUCCAAUGAUUGCAUUUUUAAAAAUAAUUUUUGAAUAUACGAACCAGUACGGCACUUGGGCAAAAAGUGUCGUGCUGCCUAUUUAUCGCAGUUCAGGGACAGUUUCUUCGCCAGUUCUGCCGAUUGCAUUUUUUGAAAUACUUUUUUUAAUAUACGCGUACCAUAACACUUGAACACUGCAAUAAAUAAGCAGCACAACACUUUUUUCUCAAGUGUACCUCUAGGAAAAUAGGUGUACAUCGGACUACAAAACUUUAAGACGUCUGAUUAAGACUUGAAGACAUCACCGGAUUUUACCAGACUACACGGACUGUUAUGAACUUUGUCGGACUACAUCGAACUUUAUCAAAUUACGUCGGAUUCUAUUAAACUUCGUGGGAUUUCAAUGAAUUUCACUGAAUUUCAUUGGACUUUAUGGGACUUUAUUGGAUUUCACCAGACUUUAUUGGACUUUGUUGAACUAUCAUAGACUUCAUCAGACUAUGUUGGAUUCCAUUGGAGUUUGUCGGACUUCGCUGGAUUUUACCGGACAUUGUAGACUAUGCUGGACUUUAUUGGAUUUCACCGAACUUUAUCAGACUUUGUGGGAUUUCAUUGGAACUCAUCGGAUUUUAUCGGCGUUCAUGAAACUUUAUUGGAUUACACCAGGUUUUACGGAUAGGACUGGACUUCAUCGGAUUUUACUGGACUUUAUCGAACUUCGUGGGAUUUUACCGGAUUUCAUCAGACUUCGUGGGAUUUUUCUGGAAUUUAUUGAACUUUAUCAGACUUUGUCGGACUAUCAUGGACUUCAUCAGACCACAUUGAAUUCCAGUGGACUUCGUCGGACUUCUCUGGAUUUUAUCGGACUUUGUAGACUAUGCUGGACUUUAUUGGAUUUCACCGAACUUUAUAAGACUUUGUGGGAUUUCCUUGGAAUUCAUCGGAUUUUAUCGGCGUUCAUGAAACUUUAUUGGAUUACACCAGGUUUUACGGAUAGGACUAGACUUCAUCGGAUUUUACUGGACUUUAUCGAACUUCGUGGGAUUUUACCGGAUUUCAUCAGACUUCGUGGGAUUUUUCUGGAAUUUAUUGAACUUUAUCAGACUUUGUCGGACUAUCAUGGACUUCAUCAGACCACAUUGAAUUCCAGUGGACUUCGUCGGACUUCUCUGGAUUUUACCGGACUUUGUAGACUACGCUGGACUUUAUUGGAUUUCACCGAACUUUAUAAGACUUUGUGGGAUUUCAUUGGAAUUCAUCGGAUUUUAUCGGCGUUCAUGAAACUUUAUUGGAUUACACCAGGUUUUACGGAUAGGACUGGACUUCAUCGGAUUUUACUGGACUUUAUCGAACUUCGUGGGAUUUUACCGGAUUUCAUCAGACUUCGUGGGAUUUUUCUGGAAUUUAUUGAACUUUAUCAGACUUUGUCGGACUAUCAUGGACUUCAUCAGACUACAUUGAAUUCCAGUGGACUUCGUCGGACUUCUCUGGAUUUUACCGGACUUUGUAGACUACGCUGGACUUUAUUGGAUUUCACCGAACUUUAUAAGACUUUGUGGGAUUUCAUUGGAAUUCAUCGGAUUUUAUCGGCGUUCAUGAAACUUCAUCGGAUUUCACCAGGCUUUACAGAUAGGAGUGGACUUCAUUGGAUUUUACUGGACUUUAUCGAACUUCGUGGGAUUCUACCGGAUUUCAUCAGACUUCGUGGGAUUUUUCUGGAAUUUAUUGAACUUUAUCAGACUUCGUCGGACUAUCAUGGACUUCAUCAGACUACAUUGAAUUCCAUUGGACUUCGUCGGACUUCUCUGGAUUUUACCGGACUUUGUAGACUACGCUGGACUUUAUCAGGUUUCACCGGACUUUUUCAGACUUUGUAGGAUUUUAUUGGAUUUCAUCAAACUUUGUGGAACAUCAUUGGAUUUUACCAGACUUCACGGAUAGGGCUGGACUUGAUUGAAUUUUUACUUUACUUUAUCGAACUUCGUGGUACUUUAUUGGAUUUUACUGGACUUUACCGGGCUUCAUGAACUAUACUGAACUUUUUUGGAUUUUAUAAGAUUUUACCGGACUUAUAAGACUUCGUGGACUGUCAUGGGCUUCACGGACUUUAUAGACUACGCUGGACUUCAUCGGACUUCCACGGACUAUAUCGGUUUUUAUCGGCCUUUGUAGAACAUCAUUGGAUUUUACCAGAUUUUAUGACCUACGUUGGAUUUAAUUGGACUUAUAAAAAAUUAAUGUUUUAUAAAGUAUACUUGCGAAGUAAUCCAUCUUGUCUAGUUAGAUUUGAAUCUUACAAACAAGUACCUGCAAGAUUCGUAAUAAACUUAUAAGUAAUUUUAAUAUAAAGUAUCGAAUUUUUUACUAGUAAACCAACUGUAAAAAUUAAUUUAUUAAAUUAAAAUAUGUUGUACUGUAUGAUUACCGAUAACUUAUGCUGAACUUCACAGCAUUUUUAUUUUUCAGCAUUUUUAUAUUUAGCAUUUUUACUUUUCAGCAUUUUUAAUUUUCAGCAAUUUGUUUUUAAGAUACAUUUUAGCAUUUAAUGCAAGGAGAUAACUACUCAGAAAAUAGGUUUAGAUCGGAUUUCUGACUUCAAGACUUUGGACCAGACUACACAGAUUAUCAUGGAUUUCAUCGAACUUUGUCGAACUUCAUUGAAUUUCGCCAGACUUUAUUAAAUCUCACAUACUUCAUUGACUUAUGUGCUGGACUUUAUUGGACUUUACCGGAUUUCAGUGGAUUUUGUGGGGCUUUGUUGGAUUUCACCAGACUUUACGAGAGGGCUGGACUUCAUCGGAUUUCACUUGACUUUACUGGACUUUCUGGGACUUUAUUAGAAUUCACCGAAUUUUAUUGAACUUCAAAUUUUAUUGGAUUUUAUCGGACUUCGUGGGACUUUCCUGGAUUUUAUCGGACUACAUCGGAUUCCAUUGGACUUGGUCGGACUUUAUUGGAUUUUACCGAACUUCAUGGACUUCGCUGGACUUUAUUGGAUUUCACCAGACUUUAUCAGACUUUGUGGAAUUUCACCGGAUUUCAUCGGCGUUCAUGGGACUUUAUUGGAUUUUACCAAGCUUCACGGAUAGGACUGGAUUUCACCGAAUUUUACUGGACAUUAUCGAACCUUGUAGGAUUUUACCGGAUUUCAUCGAACUUUGAGAGACUUUACUGGAUUUUACUGGACUUUAUUGGACUUCGUCGGACUUCUUUGGAUUAUAUUGAACUUUGUAGAUUACGUUGGACUUUAUCGGAUUUUACCGGACUUUGUAGACAACGUUGGAAUUUAUUAGAUUUCAUCGGACUUUAUCAGACUUCGUGGGAUUUUACCAGAUUUUAUCGGCGUUUAUGGGAUUUCAUUAAAUUUCACCAGGCCUCACGGAUAAGACUGGACUUCAUCGGAUUUUACUGUACUUUAUCGAACUUUGUAGGAUUUUGCCGGAUUUCAUCGAACUUUGUGGGACUUUAGUGGAUUUUACUAGACUUAUUGGACUUCGUCAAACUAUCGUAGAUUUCAUUAUACUACAUUGGAUUCUAUUGGACUUCGUCGGACUUUAUUGGAUUUCAUCGGACUUUAUCAGACUUUGUGGGAUUUUAUUGGAUUUUAUUGGAUUUUAUCGGUGUUUAUGAAACUUCAUUGGAUUUCACCAGGCUUUACAGAUAAGACUGGACUUUAUCGAAUUUUACUGGACUUUAUCGAACUUCGUGGGAUUUUACCGGAUUUCAUCAGACUUCGUGGGAUUUUUCUGGAAUUUAUUGAACUUUAUCAGACUUUGUCGGACUAUCAUGGACUUCAUCAGACUACAUUGAAUACCAGUGGACUUCGUCGGACUUCUCUGGAUUUUACCGGACUUUGUAGACUACGCUAGACUUUAUUGGAUUUCACCGAACUUUAUAAGACUUUGUGGGAUUUCAUUGGAAUUCAUCGGAUUUUAUCGGCGUUCAUGAAACUUUAUUGGAUUACACCAGGUUUUACGGAUAGGACUAGACUUCAUCGGAUUUUACUGGACUUUAUCGAACUUCGUGGGAUUUUACCGGAUUUCAUCAGACUUCGUGGGAUUUUUCUGGAAUUUAUUGAACCUUAUCAGACUUUAUCGGACUAUCAUGGACUUCAUCAGAUCACAUUGAAUUCCAGUGGACUUCGUCGGACUUCUCUGGAUUUUACCGGACUUUGUAGACUACGCUGGACUUUAUUGGAUUUCACCGAACUUUAUAAGACUUUGUGGGAUUUCAUUGGAAUUCAUCGGAUUUUAUCGGCGUUCAUGAAACUUCAUUGGAUUUCACCAGGCUUUACAGAUAGGACUGGACUUCAUCGGAUUUUACUGGACUUUAUCGAACUUCGUGGGAUUUUACCGGAUUUCAUCAGACUUCGUGGGAUUUUUCUGGAAUUUAUUGAACUUUAUCAGACUUUGUCGGACUAUCAUGGACUUCAUCAGACCACAUUGAAUUCCAGUGGACUUCGUCGGACUUCUCUGGAUUUUACCGGACUUUGUAGACUACGCUGGACUUUAUUGGAUUUCACCGAACUUUAUAAGACUUUGUGGGAUUUCAUUGGAAUUCAUCGAAUUUUAUCGGCGUUCAUGAAACUUCAUUGGAUUUCACCAGGCUUUACAAAUAGGACUGGACUUCAUCGGAUUUUACUGGACUUUAUCGAACUUCGUGGGAUUUUACCGGAUUUCAUCAGACUUCGUGGGAUUUUUCUGGAAUUUAUUGAACUUUAUCAGACUUUGUCGGACUAUCAUGGACUUCAUCAGACUACAUUGAAUUCCAGUGGACUUCGUCGGACUUCUCUGGAUUUUACCGGACUUUGUAGACUACGCUGGACUUUAUUAGAUUUCAUCAGUCUUUAUCAGACUUUGUGGGAUUUUACCAGAUUUCAUUGGCGUUUAUGGGAUUUCAUUAAAUUUCACCAAACCUCACGAAUAGGACUAGACUUCAUCGGAUUUCACUGGACUUUAUCGAACUUUGUAGGAUUUUGCCGGAUUUCAUCGAACUUUGUGGGACUCUACUGGAUUUUACUAGACUUUAUUGGACUUUGUCAAACUAUCGUAUACUUUAUUAUACUACAUCGGAUUCCAUUGGACUUCGUCGGACUUUAUUGGAUUUUACCGGACUUUAUCAGAGUUUGUGGAAUUUCAUUGGAUUUUAUCGGAUUUUAUCGGCGUUCAUGAAACUUCAUUGGAUUGCACCAGGCUUCACAGAAAAGAACAUCAUCGGACAUCAUCGGAUUUUACUGGACUUUAUCGAACUUUGUGCGAAGUAAUCUAUCUUUCCUAGUUAGUUUCGAAUCUUACAAACAAGUACCUACAAGAUUCGAAAUAAUCUUAUAAGUAAUUUUAAUAUAAAGAAUCGAAUUUUUUAUUAGUAAUUUAACUUUAAAAAUUUGUUAAAUUAAAAUGUGUUGUAUUGUAUGAUUACCGAUAACUUACAUUGAACUUUACAGCAUUUUUAUUUUUCAGCAUUUUUACUUUUCAGCAUUUUUACUUUUCAGCAUUUUUACUUUCCAGCAUUUUUAUUUUUCAACAUUUUGUUUUUAAGAUACAUUUUAGCAUUUAAUGCAAGGUAAUAAAAACCCAGAAAAUAGGUUUACAUCGGACUUCUGACUUCAAGACUUCACCGGACUACCGCGACUGUCAUGGAUUUCAUCGAACUUUAUCGAACUUCAUUGAAUUUCGCCAGGCUUCAUCAAAUUUUACAUACUUCAUUGACUUAUACGCUGGACUUUAUCGGACUUUACUGGAUUUCAGUAGACUUCGUGGGACUUUAUUGGAUUUUACCAAACUUUGCAGACUAGACUGUAUUUUAUCGGAUUUCACCGGAAUUUAUCGGACUUUACGAACUGUCGCUAGAUUACACAGAUUGUCAUGGAUUUUAUCGAACUAUGUUGGUCUUCAUUGGAUUUUACUAGACUUCAUGGACUACGCUGAACUUCAUUCGACCUUUACGGAGUUAUGGAGUUUAUUGAACUACGUCGGACUUCAUCGUACUUCAUCGGAUUUCAUCGUGGAUCUCGCGGACUAUCAUCUGACUACGCCGGACUUUAUUGGAUUCCAUUGGAAUAUGCCGUGCAAUAUUUUAAUAUUGUAUUAUAAUAUUAAAUGUUCUCAUAAUAGGCAGCACGACACUUUUUGUCCAAUUGUCGUGUUGGCUUAGUUCGUACAUAUUAAAAAAUUAUUUUAAGAAAUACAAUCGCCGGGAUUAUUUUUAAAAAUAAUUUUAAAGCAUGGAACUCUUCCAUAACUGGCGAAAACUUUCGCUGGAAUUGCGAUAAAUAAGCAGCACGACCUUUUUGCCCAAGUGUCGUAUGUUUAAUAUUUUACUACAAAGAAAUGUGUGAAUUUUUUAAAUUAUAAUUAUCGAUAGAAUUCUGAUAAUACUAACUGGAACUCUUGUCAAAUGUACUAAUAUUUAUUGUUUCCGUGUACUUAGAGAAGGAAAUGCGUUAGAUCGCGAAGUCAAGACGUUUUUUAAUUUUUGUUUUUUGGGGAUAAAAAAUGUAGAUUUUGUUAUUUUUAUAAGGAACUUUGGAACCAUGAAAAGUGCCAUUGGAACUCUAUGUAUUUUUUUCAUACUAGAGAAUGUCAUGCCAAGUUGUCACAGAUCCGAUACGUAAGGAGCAGCCUGUGCUACAGUGCUUGGUGCUUUUGUGACGAUUAUAUUCCGAAGAGUCAGAAUAGCGCUGCAGCUUGUUCACGUAGAUGCUUACACGUCGAAUCGCGAGAAUUGGCGAAUUCAAGGUGAGGACGAGGGAGAAACGGAGGGAGGACUUACCCGUUGAAGGGAUAACUCGCAAAAGCAGCAUCGUAAGGGUGAUACACCGAGGGAUAAGGCCACGCUGCUGCAGCUCCGGCGCCCAGAUUUUCCUUGAGAUCUAAACCGGCGGCCUGU